AUGGCCUGGGGCUGCGGGCGCUGCGCGCUUUUCCUGCUUGGGGCGCUGGCCCUGGACGCGGCCGGGCUGGCGUUGGUGCUGGUGGGGUCGGUGGUGCAGCCGGCCCGGGCUGGGCGACCGUACGGGGACUGCCUGGUGCUGUCCGGCGCACUGCUGCUCUUCCUCUCGCUGCUCUGCUGGCUGCUGUGGUACACGGGGAACCUGCGCGGGGUGCCGGCCUCCGAGCUGCCCCCGGGGGCCCGCAGCCCCCCGCCCGGGCCGCGCUCCAGCCUGCUCCGCCUGGCUAGUAAACUCUCGGAGCGCCUGUCCCAGCGCCGCCCGCCGCUGCCCUGCCCUUCCCUGCCGGCCCCCGGGUCGCUGGAGCUCCCCUGCCUGUGCGCCAUGGAGAGCCCGGUGGCGCACGGGGACCGGCUGGUGUAAGAGUCCGCCCGCGGCGCCCGGAGAGGAAGAAUACCUGGAAAUAUUGUCCUCGUGCAUACUCUCCACAUGUGUGGAAUCUUGAGCUGGAAGAAUCCUGGUUGGAGUUGCCAAGCUACAUCCGGUGGAGGAUGCUCAUUUUGCUAAGACUGUUCUGCCAAAGUGUUAUACUUCGCAGCCUUUUAAAACUGACAUCUACCCAAAUGUGAUCGCUGACCUAGGACAUGCACUCUCCCAAUGGGGAUCUCUUGACUGGUCAAUGACUUCAGUAUUGCAUCGUCAUUAAGAAUUUUCACAAGCUGAGCCUUAAGUGAAGUUUAUUUAUAUUUUGUAUGCCAUUAUUUUUUUAUAUUGCCCCAGUAUGUAUGGCACCCUCUGUGUACAAUAUUUGCCUCUUGUAUGUGAUGUAUGAGACCCAUGUUGAGACUUGCUCCUUUGAAGUAAUAGUCACCAAUUCUUUUUUUUAUGCUGUCUUCCUGCUGUUUACGGGUAUUGUUUUAAUUGUAUGUGCAGUUCUUCCCAUGAGAGAAUGGGGAACUUGAGUU